CUGAGAAGCGAGCAGACACCGUCACGCGAGGAUGGCACCUCCAGCUCGGUAACUGCACUUUAGCCAUAAACAAAUGGAUGGAUCAAGCAAGCACGUGGGAUGCUCCUUCUUGUAUUUCUUCAGUGUAAUGGGACAAGUAAAGGAACGUGGUUCCUCUUUUCAGGGGUGCCUGCUCUUUUUGAAGACACAUGUUAUUGCUUUUGACCACAUGGGUUUCCUAUUUACUCUGAACGCUGAAAUCCAGCAUGCAGAUAUUGUGUGUGGAUAUUCCAGCCUCUUUCCCCUUCGUUUGCUCUGAUUUAUUAGCGAAGUGACACCAGCCAGAGGAGGCAUUUUCGCACUUGGGGUGUGCAGGUGAAGCAUCAGAGGCACAAAAGAACCUGUGGAUGCUAUACCACCAUCUCCAAGUGAAAGUAUCGCUCUUCCUAGCGUGAUCCAAUACGCCUGUCCAAAAGCCCACAACAGCAUCAGGUUAUGGCCUCUUCAGUGAUGCCACCUGCAGGCUGUCCCCCAUAGGCAUCAGUGUUGUCCCAUGUACAGCACACAGGUGUAGGUUUGCAGGCCUGUAAGGACGGGCCAGAGAAGAGAGGGAGCCCAGAGACCUAACUUCUGGGUAGUGUCGACUGGAGGGGAAAUGCCCCAACACCCAGGCUGAGGGAAGGCAUCCCAGGACGUCUGUCUGACAGGGUCAGGCAUUAGUUCCUGCUUCCUUGUCUUCCAGUCUGUCCUUGACAGCAAGUCCUCAUUUGCUCUCGCAGAGGGCAAGAGCCAUUAUCUUAAUGAUUUACAGAAAUAUGUAAAACCUGUAUCCCUCCCAACGGGCAAACUAGAUUAGGCUGUGUACAGAUAAUGACAGUGAUGAUAAAAUUGUCCAGAGUUUUCUCUGCAUCGUGCGCAUGGCACAUUAAGGUGAAAGAGAUUUCUGUGCAUACCAGUAUAGUAUAUUUUCCCAAGGUGCCCCCUUACCCUGGCAGGGUGGUUCUGAGGCUCCCCAGCCAGUGGGCAAACUGGUGCCCACAUCCAGCACCCUGUUCCAGUUGGUGAUGGCACAGAACAGUUCAGGAAGAUGUUACCCAAAAGCAGCUUGGAAGAUCUGUCAAUAGUCAGGAAAAUAAGAGUAGGAAAAUAAAAUCAGCCAGUCUGACGUUCAGGAGGAUCUCUGACUGCAAAAGAUGCAUUAAAAAAAUGGGCUUACUCAAGCAGGAGGGUAAGAGAAAGAAGGUGGUGGUGUGGGAAGGUAUCAGAAGUCAGCACAAGACCCAACUGAAGAGGAGGGUGAUCUUAUUUUUAAAGUAGGCUGGUUUUACUCAUGUUCAUUCUCAUCACUUUUGCAUGCCCUCCAAUGGGCUUGUGUCACCUGUGCUGCAUGUCCAUAUGGUCUGGCCAGGGACACUUGUGUGUGGAUAAGGGAUGUUUGGACGUGUCUUUUAUACCUCUUAGGAGCCACUGAUUAUUAUGGGAAGAUCCUUUUGACUCAGGGCCUUGCUUAAUCUUCCACACAUCCCAGGCACUGUCUCUGUUUCCUCAGUUUGAGUAUUUUUUAAGUAAAGAUUUUGGUAAGAUUUUCACAACAUCCUCCCGGACAAGUUGUCCCAAGUGUGGGGUGAGCGGGUUCACGGUGUGCUGGGUGAGGAACUGGCUGAAGGGCAGAGCUCGGAGGGUUGUGGUGAAUGGGCCACAUCUGGCUGGCGACCGGUCACCAGCCGUGUUCCUCAGGGCUCAGUCCUUGAACUCUAAUGCUGUUCAUUAUUAUCAUCAGUGAUCUGGGUGUAGGAGGUGAAUGCACCGUUCGCAAUUUUGCUCCCAAUAGUAAGCUGGGAGUGCUGUUGACUCUGGACAGACAAGAGGCCUUGCAGAGGGAUCGAGAGAGACUGAAGCAUUGGGCAAUCAUCAGUGGCAUGAAAUUGAACAAGUCCAAAUGCUGCAUUCUGCACCUGGGACAGAGUAACACCAGGCACAAGUGUAAAUUGGGAGAGAAAUGGCUGGAGAGCAGCCCUGCAGAAAGGGAUCCGGGGGUGCAGCUCGGUAGGAGCCAGCAGUGUGCCCGGGCAGCUGAGAGGGCAAACCCUCAGACACAGCACGGCCACCCGGCCAAGAGAGGGGAUUGUCCCGCUGUGCUCAGCGUUGGUGCAGCCUCACCUCAAGCACUGUGUGCACUGUGUACGGGCCCCACCGUUCCAGAAGGGUGUGAGGGUCCUUGAAUGCAGCCAGAGGAGGGGAACCAAGCUGGUGAAGGGCUGGAAGGCAUGUCCUGUGAGGAGCGGCUGAGCGCGCUGGGUUUGCCUCCUUUGGAGGAAAGGCAGCUGAGGGGCAACCUCACUGCUUUCUGCAGCUUCCUGAGGAGGGGACGUGGGGAGGGAGGUGCUGAGCUCUUCUCCCAGGGACAGAAUGCGUGGGAGUGGUUCAGAGCUGUGUCAGAGGAGGAUCAGACUGGACAGUAAGAAGCAUUUAUUUAGCAGGAAGGUGGUCACACCCUGGAACAGGCUUCCUAGAGAGGUGGCAAGGCCCCAAGUCUGUCAGUGUCCGAGAGGCAUUUGGCCUAUGCCCUUAGUAAUAUGGUUUAACUUCUGGUCCGUCCUGAAGCGGACAGGUCAUCAGUUGGACUAGAUGAUUGCUGUAGGUCCCCUCCAAGCAGGUUGUUCUAUUCUAGGAUGGGGUGUUUUUGGGGGUGGGGGUUUUGUUUGGUGGUUUGUUUUGUUUUGUUUUUUUCUCCAGUCUGUCUGUUUUGAGACAACAGGAGAGAUUUUAAUUUACAGUUUGGUGUACAAAGCCACGUUGUCCCUCUUCUCUUAUCAAAGGGCAGGCUAAGCCAUCUGCUAAUGAGUCAUCUUUUGGUCUACUCAGUGUUUGCUAGUCACAUCCGUAUUUGCCAAUACGUGCCACUCUCUUAACCUAGGCUCUAUUGUAUCCGAAGGAAGCAGGUGACUGGGAAAGGCCCAGGGCUUUGCCAAAAGUAAAUCAUGUCACUAACCUGACCACCUUCUGCAACACAAUGACAUUUUCUGUCCGCUCGGGAGAGCAGUGGAUGCGCUUUGCCCGGAUGUCGGCGGAGCUCGACGCUGUUCCGCACAGCCUCCUCCUGGACAAGCUGGCAGGCACAGACCAGGUGGGUGGUCUGCGAGGCGGGCAGGAAACUGGCUCACGGGCUGUGCUCAGAGGGUCGUGGUCGAUGGUUUUUACUCAGGUCUGCUGGUUUGGGAGGCCUCACUGGACUCUGUGAGACUAGGAAAGGUGAUCGUCUCACCCACUAGCUGUCUUCUCCGUUAGCUGCUUUUCAGUGAUUUCUGCUCUUCCACAGUGCAGUGAAACAGAUGUUCCAUCUAGAGCCUUUUCUCAGAAGAAAAUAAUCUUACAGCAUCUUUUCCGACUGUUUUUAACCAGAACACUGCCUCUACAAGGCUGCAGGCUGUUGAAUUGCAUUCAGGAUGAUGGCUUACACGCAGCACUCUGUUGCAACACCCCUCACGAUACAAUUCUAAGGUCACAAGUCUCUCAACUUGGCUGCACGGAUGCUUUUAACAGAAAUGCCUCCAUUCGUCUUGCAACCUGCAGUGCUGGUAUCUAGGCCUGCCCUCUGAUCUCUUCCCUUCGACUCCCUCUUUCUCUCCACUGUCAGUGCAUUCCCCACCUCUCCCUUCAUUCCUCAGGACCACUCAGAGAGGAGCUGAUUGUCUUCUGGGGUUGAGCAGUGAACAGCACCAUCAUUAGCAGAGAGAAGACAGGAUGUGAAACGCAGUCAGCCUAUGCUGCUUGUGUAUCAGGUGAUGUAGAAAUACAGAAAGUCCACGAUGUUGUUAGAGAAGAAAUUUACAGGAUUUGCUUUCUGCCAAGUUAAGCUGAUGCAGCUCGUUCUUUCCGGAUCAGGCUGUUUUAUAUUCUCUGCCUUUUUCCUACACCAUUCUUUCUCUUUUUUUUCCCCCAAACCACUGACCAUAAUUGUUUAAAAUACAGGCUUUACACGUGAAUGGGUCUUUUUGGGAAGCGGAACUUUCCAUACUGGCUUUUUUUCAGCUACAUAUGUAGAGAGUGAUUGGGAGGGAGUCAGUGCUGACAGACAACCUAGUGCUGUGGCCAGGGAAAUUCUGGCACAGCUACAUUUAGCCAUCUUCUUUACACAUGAAGAUCCUUAAGCUCGAUGUAAGUUUACCGUUUCAGCUAAACAAUAGAGCACUUGCCCUGAGGGAAUAGAAGGGAGGAGUUAUUGUAGUGUUAUUUUACAGUAUCUUUCCUAGACCUUAAACACCAGUAUUAUCAUUCUCUUUCACGUUCUCAAGGAUGCUUUCAAAUGUAGGUUCACUGUUGUAUAUAGGAGGGAGAGACAGGGUGGGUACAUAAAUGGGGGGGGGUGUCUGUUUUUAUAAAGCAUCGUUGUGGUAGGAAUUUCUUGUCUAAAAUUCUAUUUUUUCUAGGACAGACAUAAAUGUUAGAACGGUGUGGAUGCUCAGUGCUUUGAAGCAGUGGUCUUCUGGCACAGCGAGGAAGCACUUGGGUCUCUGUGCUGGUUUUGUCUGGGAUAGGGUUAAUUUUCUUCACAGUAGCUGGUUUGACGCUGUGUUUUGGAUCUGUGACUGGCGUUCAUAGCACAGGGAUGUUGUGGCCAUUGCCAAGCAGUGCUUGCACAGCGUCGAGGUCUUUUCUGCUUCUCAGCCUGUCCCACCAGUUGUGCAAGGGGUUGUGCAAGAAGCUGGGAGGGGACGCAGCUGGGACAACUGCCCCCAACUGACCUGAGGGAUAUCCCAUGGCAUAUGACACUGUGCUCAGCGAUCAAAGCUGAGGAAAGGAGGAGGGAGGGGGGCGUUCAGAGUUAAGGCAUCUGUCUUCCCCAGUGGCUGCUAGGCGUGAUGGAGCCCAGCCCUCCCGGGGAUGGCUGAACGCCUGCCUGCAACGGGAAGUGGUGAAUGAAUUUCUUUGGCUUCGCUUGCACGCGCCGCUUUUGCCUUACCUGUUAAACUGCUUUUAUCGCAACCUGCGAGUUUUUUUGCACUUUUCCCCUUCUGAUUCUCCUCCCCAUCCUGCUGGGCGGGGGGGGGGUGAGGGAACGGCUGCGGGGGCCGAGCUGCCCGCGGGGGCUGACCCACAGCACUCUCCCCUAAGCAAGCAGGUGCACGAAGCAGGGGCAGUGUGGAGCUAACAGUCUGUGCAUCAGCUGGCUUGCCUUCGCUGCUUCCAGUCUCAGAGCAGCCCAGCCCCACGUGAAGCCAAGUAUUUCUUCACAGCACCAUAUUUUUCUGCGUAACCAAACCUGACAAUUCGUGUACGACACCCCAGCAGAGAUCAAUGAAUCAAUUGUAAAAGUGUAAAAAAUGGUCUCUUGUGAUUCGUGGGCUCUACCAGCUUCUGAGCAAGAAAUCGCGCAGCUGACGUCUGUAAUGUAACAGGAGAAAGAAGUCUAUUAAACGUGACCCCCCCUGCCAGCAGCAGCUGACACUGUGCCAAGAGUAACCUUAGAAAUUCUACAUAAAACAGCACAUUGGCUCAUGUUCUGCCAAGAAACGCAAGGAAAGCAACCUAAUACCUUGCUAAUCUCAGAAUCUUGAUAAGCACCGGAGUUGUGGCUGGCCUGAAGAAGCUGUGAUUUAAAAAGAAAUGCUGUCUGUUUGGGCACUCUGAAGACCUAGCAACGGAGGUGAAGGAUACCAGAAUGCUGAGGACUUGUCUCAUGGUGUGGCAGGUUGGUCCACCAGCACGCAAGGUUUAGAAAGGUGGCACCAUGGGGUGGGGAAGGAAAGGGGACUGUGUCAGGAGGUGCAUGGGAAGCAGCAUGGCCGUAAAAACCCAAAAGCAACAGCUUAAUCCCCCGCUUCAGGCUGGGAGAUGUGAGUAACCUUUUUGUUGCCCGAAUGAGGAAAGCAUCGACUUCAUCCCCAGCAUGGGGAGCGGGGAGAUUACCCCACCUCCAGAUUUGCAGGACAAAUCCUGCUCUCCCAGGGCAAUUUGCAGCCAAUCAAACCCAGUUUGUGAAGUGCUGACAUACAGCAGCCUUAGUGGAAUCUCAAAUUCCUGUGUCAUGCAAGUUGUGAUAGUUGUUACUAAUACCAGAAAUUCACUUCGUAGACAAAGCAUAAAAUAACAACCGUUUAGAGGCAGGAGCUCUCUCUCCAGAGCUUAAAUACAGCAAAGUCUCUAAGCUCUUAACCUCCAGCUGCAAUAAUUGCAUUUUUACUGGGGAAGGGUUUGAAGUCUAGAUGUUUUAAGGAGAAUUUCCAGUAGGUGAACAGCAUUCCUGUUUUGCUGUUGUCCCUAAUUUCCUGUUGCCAGAUGUGUCCGACAGAAUUAUAGUCCUAAACUACCAAGCCAGAAGUGGAGGAAAGGCACGAUGGGUGCUGACCCCCCCCGCCCCUCCCUCCUGCAGCCGGGGGAGACGGGGGUCCCCACUGAGGAGCCCCUGCUAAAUCCUUACUUCCCUGCAAAACUGUUGCAAACCUCAUCUCCUGAGGCAGCUCUUUGUACCUGCGUUAAUGUCAUGCCAUACUAGUGCUUUUCAUGGCUUAUUAAUUAACUUCCACCCACCCCUGGGAACACCUAGCCACUCCCUUUGUCCUCACCUAUCCCAGCCAUUUAUAGCAGCGAUGGGAUGCUAGAAAUAGAGACGCGUACACUAAGAGCUGGAGGAGCCUGUAGACGAAAGGAGUAUUGGAGUCGAUUUGCAAAGGAGAUAUUUUCUAGCUUGCAGCAGUGAGGCAGCAUGAAAAGCCCUGGGUGCACUUCAAGGUAAGGGGAGAGGGAGGUGAAGGCUAUGGGUGCAGAAUGAAAACACGGUUUGUAGAAAGGUCUAGUUCAGCUAAUCCCUGUAAGUUGUUAAUAACCUAUAGAGUUAGUUAGUUUGCUCCAGGGUUGAGAUUAAUUUCGCCGUGAAUGUUUCUUUCCUGUAUUCCAGGUCUUUUAAUUUGAAAGAACCUUAUUAGCUUGACACAGAGGUCUGUUAUUUUCGGCUUAAGCCAAAUGAACAAGAAGGUUGUCUCAAGCCUUAAAGCAUCCGUAGUGGCAUCUCCAAAUGCGACCUGAGAGGUAGUUUUCCGUGUUUUCUUCCCGGCUGGGAGAUGGCACGGCGCAGGUCAGAAAGGCAAUGUCUCAUUUUCAGCCUUUGCCUGGGACUCAUGUUCCUGUCGGGAUUCUUCCAUAUGAAGAAUAAAAUAAUCUCGAAGAACCGUAAGGAGCUGAUACUUCCCAGGCCUUGCCACGCCAAGACUAACGUCAUGUUCCUCAAGACUCACAAGACAGCCAGCAGCACCGUCCUGAACAUCAUGUUCAGGUUUGUGGAGAGGUACAACCUCACCGUUGCCCUCCCAGCUGACCAGCUCGUCCACCUGGGCUACCCAAAGACCUUCCUGGCCCACUUUGUGGAGGAAUUUCAAGCCAUAGGACAAAACUACAACAUCAUGUGCAACCACCUGCGGUUUAACCCCUUGGAGGUACAAAAGGUGAUGGCAGCAAACACCUUCUACUUCUCCAUCCUGAGGAAUCCCAUUCCCCUGCUGGAGUCUUCCUACAUCUACUACAAGGACACUGUCCCUGCCUUCAGGAUCUCCAAGAACGUGAAUGAGUACCUGGCAUCACCCUUGAAGUAUUACCAUCCAGAGAAUUACAAGCAAAACAUCUACGCCAGAAAUAUCAUGUGGUUUGACUUUGGCUAUGAUAACAAUGCAGAGGACAACGAAGAGUACAUCCAGGCGGUCUUGAAGGAGAUUGAACAAAACUUCCAUCUGAUCUUGAUAGCAGACUACUUUGAUGAAUCCAUGAUCCUCUUGAAGCACUCUUUGUGCUGGGAUCUGGAUGACGUGAUUUACUUUAAGCUGAAUUCCAGAAGCCAGGACACCGUCCAGACCUUGACUCCAGAAAGCAAGGAACGGAUAAAAGCGUGGUGCUCGCUGGACUGGAAGCUCUACCUGCACUUCAACCAGAGCUUCUGGAGGAAAAUUGAUGAGACCGUAGGGCUCAAGUUGCUGGAGAAGGAGGUGAAUCUCCUGCGAACGAGACAGAAGGAGCUCAUGGAGACCUGUCUCUUGGACCAGGCGGCAGUGGGAAAGGAUCACAUCAAGAACAAAGCUCUCCUGCCUUUCCAGUCAGGGUCUGCAAAUAUCCUUGGGUACAACCUCAAACAAGACUUAGACAACAGGACUCUGAGAACCUGCCAGAAAAUGGUUAUGCCAGAGCUCCAGUACACGUCCUAUCUGUACGCUCUUCAACACCCGCACAAGAAGAGGAAGCGGUUGGGCUUGCCCUUGCUGUGGACCAGUUCCCAGGAGAAGGUGCAGCUCCCAACUCCCAACUAGGACCCGUGCUAACCCGCCGCGCCGCAUCACCCCAGGGCUGGCGUGUGACUGGCCUGCAGGACUCGCGUAUGGGGGGGGGGGGGAGGAAGAGUGGGGGCUCUGUUCGGGGCCACCCGGCUGGUGGUGGGUCCCUUUGUGGGGACCUUGAGCCAAAGGUUCUGCGUUGGCCAGGUCCUGUGUGAUCCCUCCUCCUGCUCUCAGGCAGGGGGACAGCGCUGGGCAGGCUUUCAGCUGGCUUCGACCUUCCUGCCUCUUAAUCAUUAAUCACGAGCUUAAUCAUUU